AUGGAGCGCGGGCUGCACCUCGGCGCGGCCGCCGCGGGCGAAGACGACCUUUUCCUGCACAAGAGUCUGAGCGCCUCCACCGCCAAGCGCUUGGAGGCGGCUUUCCGCUCCACGCCCCCGGGCAUGGACCUGUCCCUGGCGCCGCCGCCUCGGGAGCGCCCGGCGUCCACCUCCUCGUCGCCCCUGGGCUGCUUCGAGCCGGCUGACCCCGAGGGGGCAGGGCUGCUGCUGCCGCCGCCGGGGGGAGGCGGCGCGGGAGGUGGCGCUGGAGGUGGCGGCGGCGGGGUGGGCGUCCCGGGGCUGCUCGUGGGCUCUGCGGGCGGGGGGGACCCCAGCCUGAGCAGCCUGCCGGCCGGGGCGGCCCUGUGCCUCAAGUACGGCGAGAGCGCGGGCCGGGGCUCGGUCGCGGAGAGCAGCGGCGGCGAGCAGAGCCCCGACGACGACAGCGACGGCCGCUGCGAGCUGGUGCUGCGGGCCGCCGGCGCCGACCCGCGGGCCUCUCCAGGCGCGGGAGGCGGCGGCGCCAAGGCGGCGGAGGGCUGCUCCAACGCCCACCUCCACGGCGGCGCCAGCGCCCCCCGGGGGGCCCGGGCAGCGGCGGCGGGGCCAGCGCGGGCGGCGGCGCAGCAGCAGCAGCAGCAGCAGCAAAAAUCCAAAGAGCAAAAGGCGCUGCGGCUCAACAUCAACGCGCGGGAGCGCCGGCGGAUGCACGACCUGAACGAUGCGCUGGACGAGCUGCGCGCCGUGAUCCCCUACGCGCACAGCCCCUCGGUGCGGAAGCUCUCCAAGAUCGCCACGCUGCUGCUCGCCAAGAACUACAUCCUCAUGCAGGCGCAGGCCCUGGAGGAGAUGAGGCGCCUGGUCGCCUACCUCAACCAGGGCCAGGCCAUCUCGGCCGCCUCGCUGCCCAGCUCGGCGGCCGCCGCGGCGGCCGCGGCUGCCCUGCACCCCGCGCUCGGCGCCUACGAGCAGGCUGCCGGCUACCCGUUCAGCGCCGGGCUGCCGCCCGCCGCCUCCUGCCCGGAGAAGUGCGCCCUGUUCAACAGCGUCUCCUCCAGCCUCUGCAAACAGUGCACGGAGAAGCCUUAAAAACACCCCCGAAAAACACAAGACCAGCCCCAAAGCUAGAGGAAAGUGAGAAGCUGCCCCCACCCCGUUUGUUUGGGUCCUCUCGUAGUUGUUGAAACACUUGCAGAGCAAACAAAGCAGAGGAGGAGCGUUAGAGACAAACGGGACGUUUAGC